GAAGUUAAUGGAUGGCUCUUGAACUCAGAAGUGAGUAUUCCCCUAAAGAAAAACUGCAUUAUCGCAUUUGGCAGAUUACCACAUGACGAGAAUGACGACCGAGUUUUCAGAGUGGAAAUUGAUGACCCACAUAUUUCUUCAACCCAUUGCUAUGUGUGGAUGAUCCAGUUUGAUUCAGAUACGCCCCCUGUUUGCUAUUUCCAGGAUGUGUCCACCAACAAUUGCUUUGUCAACAACGUACCUGUUGGUAAGGGGAACUACCGUGUUUUGCACAAUACGGACUUCGUCACGUUGUACGACACCAUUGGAUUUCAGUAUAAAGUGAACCAAACGGGAGGGCAAGUUACGGAGGUCGGCAUAGAUAGAAACUGUGAGAUCAAAAACUGGGUGGUACUCCCCGAAGUAUUAGGAUUCGGCACGUUUGGAAAGGUCCAGAUUGCCUACAACAAGAAGGAGAAAGGCAGAUACUACGCAGUGAAAACCAUCAUGGUGAGCCAGGAGAACGAGCGCAGCAAGAUUGAACAUGAGAUUUUGAGCAAGAUCGAGCAUCCGAAUAUCAUCAGGAUCCGAGAAAGCAUCAUCGACGAGAAGCAAGGCGCAAUGAAGUUGUUUCAAGAGCUAGCUGUUGGAGGCGACUUGUUUUCCUAUCUUUCCCAAGACAGUCAGGUGUUGAAGGCACUCCCGGAGAGCGAGGCUGUCGUGGCGCUCUACCAGAUCUGCAACGGCUUGUACUUCCUCCACCGGCGUGGGAUUGUCCACCGUGACCUCAAGCUCGACAACAUCCUCGUCAUGGGCGCCCCGAUCCGGUACCCGCAUUUGGCCAUCGGCGACUUUGGCAUUGCUAAGCAGCAUCUGCCGCUCGGCGAGUCGCAGGCUUACUGGAUGAACACGAUGGUCGGCACGGCCGAGUACGCAGCGCCCGAGAUCAACUUGUCCAAGCGCAAGAAGGAGUGCUGGAACAACGCGGAGGACUUCUUCAUCCACAAGGGCUGCGACGGCGACGGCGGCGACGGCGCUUCCGCCGCCGCAGCCCGCACCAACAGGUACACCGAGAAGGUCGAUAGCUGGUCCUUGGGCGUCGUCAGCCACAUCCUGCUCUCCGGAAUCUCGCCCUUCUACAGCGACAACCUCGAGCAGACCAUCUCCAAGAGCCGCCGCGGCGCCAUCUACGUCGACACCAGCGCCCGCUGGACCGCCGUCUCUGACACGUCCAAGCGCUUCGUCAAGGGCUGUCUCGAGGUCGACAGCCGCAAGCGCCUCAGCAUCCGGGAG